AUGCCUGGGCCACAGCUUGUCGCGAGAUUUCUUGCCUGUUCUGCUCUCUGCCUUAGCAUCGUCCUAUCACAAAGUGAAAAUCAGCAGGAACUUGCUGCCAUCCCGAUUAUCAAAGAUGGAGAGCCCCAAUUUGCAUCUGCUGUUGAGCCCCCUCCAAUUCAGCCGACAGAGGUUCGCAAAGUCAUUGUGACCGUGGAGCAGCCUCGUGUAAUACCCCAUCCAGACACACCUCGCCAUAAAGACGAGAAGGCCAAGCUUCUGGAAAGGCUACCCAAGAACAAGGGCACUUGGAACGGCAAUCACGUACGACACCGUCUUUUAGAUGCACUGUACGGUUUUGUCAAAUACCAAGAACGACAGAACGAGGAAUUGGUCCGGCUCCGUGGCUUGUAUUCCAAUACCGCCAAACAUCAGAAAGCAUUAUUGGAGAAGUUUGUCCAUUACUCGGACAAGUUCACCCAAAUUGAAAAGCUUCUGGCAAAGAACCAAGAGCUCUGUGACCGUAUUGUCGAGUCAGCCCUCUCCUUUUAUGUCAUUGACCGGUCAGAACUUAAUGAGCACAUAAAGAAUUCGGAAAAGGAGGGAAGGAAGGCCGAUAAGAUUUCGGUAUCCCAGUCCUUGAAACACAUUGUUCGUGACUGGACAGCUGCUGGGGGCACCUACGAACGCGACGACUGCUUUGCCUGUCUUACCGGCGUCCUCGAGAAGCUCUAUCCCGACCGAAAUGAACGGUCCAAGCCACUCAAGAUUUUGCUGCCAGGAGCCGGUAUUGGACGCUUGGGGCAUGAAAUUGCUGAGCUAGGAGGUAGGAAUUCCACGAAAAAGGCCGUGAUCUGGUGCACUUCCGGAGCUGUUACUAACCUCUCUGUAGGCUUCGAGGUCACCAUAAAUGAGUGGUCAAUGUAUAUGAACGUCGCCUACCGCUUCCUCGAAACCCACGGCCAUCGCAUCAACUCCGAGACGUUUCAUCCGUUCGUCGACCUUUGGUCUCAUCACGUCAGCACCGCCGACAUGCAACGCCCAGUCACCUUCCCAGACGCUCCCGUCAACGCCAGCGAGGUUCUUCUGGUCGAGGGCGACUUCACCACGGUAUUCAACACGAAACCGUUCCGACAUUAUGACGUGAUUGUCACAUACUUCUUCAUCGACACAGCUCGCAACCUUGCAAGCUAUUUCGACACCAUCGAGACACUCCUCCGUCCAGGGGGCUACUGGAUCAAUUUAGGGCCACUCUUGUAUGGAACCGCCCCCUUCGUUCAGCUGUCUUUGGAGGAAAUCAUCGUCUACGCCGAGGAAGGUCUUGGGUUCAAGUUUCUGGACGUUGCUGGGCCAGAGUGCGGCGAGCUCACAUUUCCGGAUCGCCAUGUACGGGGAAUGGAGGCGGCGUAUGGUUUCAAUGAUCGAGCUUUGACCAAAAAUGCGUACAAGGCGCAGUUCUGGGUGGCACAGCGGCCUUGA